AUGAACGACAAGGAAAUCAACUCAAUAGACUUUGUGAAGGAGCGAACAAAAGAAAUACAGGCAAUAGAAGCUGCUAUUGAUGCAAAUAGGAGAAAGUCCAUGCUGUUUCAGAGACUUCCGUUCUAUCUGAGAAGACGCACAAGAAGCCAUGAAAAGCGAGUACGCCGAAGAAAAACUAUAAGAAAGAAAGACAGGCACGGACUAAGAACACACACAUGGUAUGCAAAAAGAUUUGAAAUGGUCAAGACAUGGGGCACAUCAAUUCCAUUGAAGCGACGGCUUAAGAGCAGCAAAUUCAUAUACAAGUCACAAAACAGAGGAUAUGUUUUUGACGAGUCAUAUAAGAAAGUUGUUGUCUAUGAAAAAGAAAGUAUAAUGUCAUUUGCAUCUGAACUGGGAGUCAAUCUUGAGAUUGAGGAUAUUAUCCAAAUGAUUGCUUUCAGAAAUAUUAUUCUUGAAGUGAUUGUGAGUAAGAAAUAUUUUGUCAUUAUUUCUGCUGAGUUAGAAUUCUUGAAAAUGUGUAUUGAGGGAUCGUUAGAGCAUAGUAGAAUUGAAUGCUGCUUGUCGAUUAUAAAGGCUGAUGAGAUGUUUUUAGACACAAUUACCGAGAGUUCAAGCAGAUUUGCAAAAAUAUAUAGCAAGCAGAGAUAUUUAAGUGUUGAUGAUGCAAUGGAUACAGAAGUAGAUCGAGUUUUAUAUAUCAGAAGUAUGUCUGAGCAUGAGUCUGGAAAGAUUCUUGUCAAGAGGAGCCAGGUGAUGGGUCUUUGGCAGGAUAUUAUAAAUACAGGAAUUGUGCCUGUAUGUGUUGAGGAGCUGCAAAGACUUGCAUUUGAAAAUGAAUAUAUGGUAUAUCCUUUUGAUUAUCCCAACAGCAGUCUUUAUAAAGAGUUUGAACGCUCAUACGUGGAUCCUAUGCGAGAAAAGUAUGAAAGAACGCCGAUGUCUAAGAAGAUGCAUAUUGACACCAACUUAAUGUAUCUAGCAGCAGACAACAUUGGAUCUUUUGUGAUAUUCGAGCUGGAAAAGGGCCAUAUUGAUAGAUGUGCAUUUAUUUAUGACGAAAGUGAUAGAUUGAUAGGAAGAGUUGUAAGGGGAGGGUUUUGGUUCACAAAAGGAUUGUGUGGUGGUUUAGCAUGCAUGACAAGUGAAGUGAAGAGUGGAGAAGAGUUUUAUCUGAGAAACAUCAAUUCACAAUAUUUUUAUCAAAUCCGAAUUAUAAAGGUUUUUUAA